AUGGCCUAUGAUCCCAGACUGUCCAGUGCGGGCACUGCGACCCCCGAUCCUCCCCCUCCUCCCCCUCCCCCUCCCCCUCCAGAGCCCGUCGCCUCUACCAACACACCCACCAUGACGACCGACGAGGAGCAGCGGACGGAGGAGCAGGGACAGGAGAAGGAGGCCGUGGCAGCAGGAGCAGCAGAGAAGGGCACCACCACAUCCGAAUCAGAAUCCGACUCCUACAAACUCCGCUUCUGCACAGUCUGCGCCUCCAACCAGAACCGGUCCAUGGAAGCGCACCUGCGACUCUCAACCGCCUCAUCCCCCUUCCCCGUCAUCUCAUUUGGAACCGGCUCGCUCGUCCGCCUCCCCGGACCCUCCAUCACGCAACCCAACGUCUACAGCUUCAACUCGACCUCCUACGCACAGAUGUACGACGAACUCCUUUCCAAAGACGAGCGCCUCUACCGCAACAACGGCCUCCUGAACAUGCUCGAACGCAACCGCAACCUGAAAUGGGGUCCCGAGCGCUUCCAAGACUGGGUUCCCGGCCUGCCGCGCGUCGACCACAUCGCCAAGGGCGACCGCGGCGCCGUGGGCACCGAAGGCGGCGUCGUGGAUGUGAUCAUCACCUGCGAGGAACGCUGCUGGGACGCCGUCGUCGACGAUCUCAUGAAUAAGGGCUCGUCGUUGAACCGCCCCGUGCAUGUCUUCAAUGUCGAUAUUAAGGAUAAUCAUGAGGAGGCGUUGGUGGGCGGGAAGGCGAUUUUGGAGCUGGCGAAUCGGUUGAAUGAGGCUGCUGUGCAGGAGCGGCACGCGAAUGGCGUCGAGGGCUGGGAGAAUGGGACUGGGGAGGCGAGGAGGAGUUUUGAUGAGAAGGUUCCGGAUAUACUGGCUGCGUGGCAGGAGAAGUGGCCGAAUUUGCCGGCGUUGUGGACGUUGGCGUGGUUGUAG